UAGAAGGUCCAAGAGGUGAGAUCUGCAUGUAAUUAAAUGCUGUUCAACGGGUGCUAGUGAGUUUGUUGUCCGUUUUUUUUGAUCGAACUUAUUUUUCUAUCUUUGAGGGGAUCUCCAAGUGCUGACUAUAUUACUUUACAGCACUCCACUUGUUUCAUAUACCGUACCGAUUUUUUAUAGUCUUGUUACAAUAGAGGAGCGUAAGCAACAUUAUUUAUUAGAAAUGGGUAGUAAAAAGAAUGACAAACUAUCCCGCUGGUAUUUUGGGGGAUUGGCUUCUGCAGGUGCCGCAUGUGUCACCCAUCCGUUGGAUUUGUUGAAGGUUCACUUGCAAACGCAACAAGUUGGCAAAACUUCGGUGACAAAAUUAACUGUGCAAAUAAUCCAGCAACAAGGAGUCCUUGCACUUUACAGCGGGCUUACAGCAUCACUCCUACGUCAACUUACCUACUCCACCACAAGAUUUGGUUUUUACGAGGUUGGAAAACAGUCACUCGAAACUCCUGGUCACAGUUUACCGUUCCACCAGAGGUUAUUGUUAGCAGGAGUAUCCGGGGCUGCGGGAGGAGUUAUCGGCACUCCUGCAGAUCUUAUUAAUGUUCGAAUGCAGAAUGACAUUAAACUUUCGUCAGAAUUAAGAAGAAACUACAAACAUGCGUUGGAUGGCUUAGUCCGAGUUUGGAAGGAGGAAGGUUUCUUGAAAUUAUUCAAUGGUUGUUCAACAGCAACAAGUAGAGCAGCCCUCAUGACAAUUGGACAGCUAAGUUUUUACGAUCAGAUCAAAAUGCUGCUAUUACAAUCUGGCGUAUUCAGCGAUAAUCCCAUGACUCAUUUUCUAUCAAGCUUGUCGGCGGGUGCAAUUGCCACGACUCUUACCCAACCCUUAGACGUCCUGAAAACACGGGCGAUGAAUGCUAAGCCUGGAGAAUUCAAAAAUAUGAUGGACCUUGUUCUUUAUACCGCUAAACUUGGACCUCUGGGAUUUUUCAAGGGAUACGUACCAGCAUUUGUGCGACUUGCGCCGCACACAAUCCUUACCUUUGUUUUCUUAGAACAACUGAGAACGAAUUUUGGUUUCUUACCUAACACUCAAUGAUGCAGCAAAAUAGGUAACAAAUAAUUGAACCGGUACAUUAGUCCUGUGUAAAUACAACAAUAAGAACGAGAAAAAAUUAGGUCUAAUGAGAAAGUAAAACUAAUUAUGAAACGGGGGUGCCAAUGUGAAUGAAUUCAGUAGCACUGAACUAGUAAAUUCCACUGUAAUUUUUUUUUCCAGUGGUUAAAUUAAUUAUUCCCGUUGCGGGAAGAGGGAAGAAGGUAGAAUUUAUUUUUAUGGAUCUUAACAUAGGAUUAUUCAUAGUCUACAGGAUAGACUAAUUUAUUGCCAACGAAGGAAAAAUAAACAAAUAAUUCCAGCUGUUGCAUUCCACAGAACAUAUUUUUGCUGUGUAUACUGUGCUGGCAUAUACCUAUAUUUAUACAUAAGUGCUUUGAUAUAAUACGAUAUAAUUUUACUGAUCUACGUACCUAUCAGGUAUCAUGCCCACUUUUAAAGUCCAUAGCCUUAUCACCUUAACACAAAAAUAAACUAAAUGUAAUUUCGGAGUAAUUUUCCAUAUUCCGCGUACACCAUCGCAUUGCACAAUUAUGACAUAUCCAAAUUAGUUAGAAUAUUGAUUUAAUUUUUACACGCCGCAUUUAUGAUUUGCAAACCGCAAAUGGUCGUAACAGUGACCACCUAAUUGUACAUAGUCAUUUUGAAUGAAAUAUAUCAUUGUUACAGUUUUAUACAUAGAUAUUAGUUUGUGACAAAUUGUUUGUUUUUUUUUUUUUGUAAAUCACGCUGGAUGCCGUUUCGGUCGGUAAUGUGAAAAAUGAGAAGUUUGGUAAUAUUAAUAAUUUACAUGAAAUAAAAAGUUGUUGGACGAUA